AUCGUCUCCAGCAUUUAAAACUGAGGGGCGCUUGUCCUUCCCUCUAGCCUUAUAAAAAUCCCAUCUUUUUUGGAUUCUCUCCAUUGUUUCCGACCAGUUUGAGGCUGGUACAGAGAUCUGUGGCCUUCGAAGUUGAGCUUCUUUCCGAUUCUUUCCGGUGUUCUGGCGUCUGUGCUUCCCUGCAGUUUUAUAAAAAUCCCACCUUUUCCAUUCUCUCCAUUGUUUUCGAUGCGUUUGAGGCUGUCCAAAGGAUUUUUGGCGUUCGAAAUUCUGUAUCUUUCUGAUUUCUCCCGUCGUUUUUGGCGUGUGUGCUUCCCUGUUGCUUCAUAAAAUCUCACGUUUUUUAUCCUCUCUAAUGUUUUAGGUCAGUUUGAGGCUUUCUCAAUCUUUUCAUUGUGACAACUCCCACCUACUCUAACUUUUUUUUUUAAUUGAUUCCCGGGUUUUCUUAUAGGUCUUUUGAUUGUAUCCUAUCGGUAUCUCACCAGCUUUUCUGUACCAUCCAUGGACCAUCUCUUUCUUCGUUUCUUUUGAUAUACUCUUCUGAGCUAUUGUCUAUUGAGUUCCUCAACCUCUUGUAUUAUUGCUUGUGAUGUACUCUUACAUUAGUUUUUAAGCUGAUUUUGGAGAUUCUUCAUCUUCUGCUGUUGUGUUACCUGUUUCAAUGGAAUCCGUUGAUAGUUUCUCCCUUGCUCUGUUUUGGUGAAGUCGUCUGAUUGAACUUCCAAGAUUCAUGCAGACAUUGUUCUGUUGAGUUGAAUUCUUCUUUGAUAUCGGUAUCACGGAUGUUGUUGUUGUUGUGCAUAUUUCCAUAUGAAACUAGGUUUAUGUUUUGAUUGAGAUUGGAUGAUACUUUUCCCUGCUGGGGCUGAAGCCAAAUGAGAGAAAUUAUGGGUUUUGCUGCUGCCCCGGUGGAUGCCAGACACCGAAUGGCUGGAACUCCUGCUGAUACAAGCAAAAGAAGAUCUCAUAGAAACAAUGAUUUUAAAGAAGCCGGCAAGUUAGUCAGCAUUCUGAUCCCGGAAAGGAGCUCGACAUGCAAGCUACGUUCUUUGAAACUGGUCCUGCUAGUUAUUAUAUGUGGCAGUUUUUUGUUGCUCCUACAUUCUCCUGCAAUUCAUCAUUAUGAGCAUUUCUCACGCUCUAUCUCACAGUUGAAACUUGUAAAUGUUGGACAGAUGGGGGAGAGAACUAAACCAGAUCUACAAUAUGUAUCACACUUGAAUGUUGAUUGGGUUCAGAUUUUAAAGACUACAGAAAAGUUGGAGAGCACAAAUGUAAAUAUGAAAAUUGGGUUACUAAAUUUCAAUGUCACUGAGAUCAAUCACUGGAAGCAGCUGUUACCACAUGCAGAAUUUUCUGUCAUACGCCUCGAUCAUGCACAGAGAAAUCUCACUUGGGAGGAUAUUUAUCCAGAAUGGAUUGAUGAAGAACAAGAAUCUGAAGUACCUUCUUGUCCAAAACUUCCACACCCUAAGGUUCAAAAAGGAUUAAAAUUUGACCUUGUUGCAGCAAAGCUUCCUUGCAACAAGUCAGCAAACUGGUCCAGAGAUGUCGCCCGUUUGCAUUUGCAGCUCGCAGCUGCCAGAGUUGCUACAAAAUCUGGGGGACGUCACCACCCAGUGCAUGUACUUUUAGUGACCAACUGUUUUCCCAUCCCAAACCUUUUCUUGUGCAAGAAUCUUGUCACAAGGGAAGGAAAUGCUUGGUUGUACAGGCCUGACUUGAGAGUGUUAAGGGAAAAACUGCAGCUUCCUGUCGGGUCUUGCAAACUUGCACUCCCACUCAAAGCAAAAGAUCAGUCACACUCGGAUGCAAACUCAGAUAAACCACACCGUGAAGCAUAUGCCACCGUACUUCACUCUGAACAAGAAUAUGUCUGCGGUGCAAUCGCUGCAGCACAAAGCAUCAGAUUAACAGGAUCGAAGAGGGACCUAGUUAUACUUGUUGAUGAAACAAUAAAUGACCACCACAAAAGUGGCCUUGCAGCUGCAGGGUGGAAGGUAAGAAUGAUUCAAAGGAUCCGCAAUCCGAAGGCUGAACCCGAAGCCUACAAUGAGUGGAACUACAGCAAAUUUCUGCUCUGGCAGCUUACGGAUUAUGAUAAAAUCAUUUUCAUUGAUGCGGACCUUCUCAUCCUACGAAACAUCGAUUUCUUAUUCACAAUGCCAGAAAUCACUGCAAUAGGCAACAAUGGAACUCUCUUUAACUCUGGUGUAAUGGUCAUUGAGCCUUCAAACUGCACAUUUCAGUUGUUAAUGGAUCAUAUCAAUGAGAUAGAGUCCUACAAUGGCGGGGACCAGGGCUACUUGAAUGAGAUAUUUACAUGGUGGCACCGAAUUCCGCAGCACAUGAACUACUUGAAGCAUUUUUGGGAAGGUGAUGAAGAGGAGAUCAAAGAGAUGAAGACCCGUUUAUUUGGUGCCGACCCACCUAUCAUCUAUGUUCUUCACUACCUGGGCUUGAAACCAUGGCAGUGCUACCGGGACUACGAUUGCAACUGGAAUGAGGACAUAAUGCAGGAGUUUGCAAGUGAUGUGGCACAUGCAAGGUGGUGGAAAGUGCAUGACACAAUGCCAGAAUAUUUGCAGAGUUUUUGUCUUCUAUCAACAAAGAGGAAAGCUUCCUUGGAGUGGGAUAGGAGGCUGGCAAGGAAGGCAAAUUACUCUGAUGGCCACUGGAGACGUAAAAUACAUGAUCCUCGACGACAUAUCUGCUUUGAAGAUUUCUGCUACUGGGAGAGCAUGUUGUGGCAUUGGGGUGAUCCAAACUAUGAUGACAACCCUACCACAUCCAAGGCCACUGCAAAACAACGUAGCAUGUAGCUUGUGUUUGUAAUUUUUCUCCUUGCUCUUAUUCUCAUUCUUCUUCUCUCUGUUUUUUUUUUUCAUAAAAAGAUGGCUGAUGUUGAGUUUGAGCCUGUUUCUAAAUUUUCAACUAACGACAUCCUCCAUACAUUUAGUGCCAAUAAUUAAAGUGUAACAUUUUCAGUCACAUUUACAGUUCACAUCCUGGGUAUCAUGUCUUGUGCAUACCAUAAAUCUAUAAUGCAAAUAUCCUA